CUGGAGACAGACACGUUUAACACCUCAAUUUACGAGUGAAGAGAACCAGUAAUUAACCACAGAUACAAGGUGAAAGGAAUUAUAUAAAAUAAUCCCAAAUCGCAAGGACUUGAGAAGACGUGUGAAGAUCGGCUAAAUACGAGAUUAAGCACUGAAUAUCCCCAAAGAUGAUACAGCUCCAAAUACUUGCUCCAUUCCGCUCGCUUAAAUACUCUUGGAAACUACUAUUUGGACUGACUGUUCCCUUUCUUCUUCUUCCAUUACCACUGGUCAUUGGGACUUCAGUGGCCAAGUGUGCCUAUGUGGUAUUAAUGAUGGCUGCAUUCUUCGUAGUUGAGCCUGUUCCUAUCUUCGUCACAGCUCUGUUUCCGGUUUUUCUAUUUCCGCUUUUUGGAAUCCUGAGUACAGCAGAGGUCUGUUACCCGUACAUGAAGGAUACCAUGAUGAUGUUUCUUGGAGGACUUAUUGUUGCCGCCGCUGUAGAAGAAUGCAACUUACACAAAAGAAUAGCCCUGAAAGUUCUCCUUCUUCUGGGAACAAGCACUAGAUGGUAAGUCUUCUCACAGCCUCUGUUAAACCUUGGAAGUUCUCCUUCUUCUGAAAACAAACACUAGAUGGCAAGUCCUCUCACAGUCACUGUAAAGUCUUGAAAGUCCCCCUUUUCCUGGAAACAAACACUAGAUGGUAGGUCCUCUCACAGUCAGUGUAAAGUCUUGAAAGUCCCCCUUUUCCUGGAAACAAACACUAGAUGGUAAAUAUUUUUACAGUCUCGAAAGUACUCUAUUAUUUUCUGGAAACAAACACUAGAUGGCAGGUCCUCUCACAGUCACUGUAAAGUCUUGAAAGUCCUCCUUCUCCUGGGAACAAACACUAUAUGGUAGGUCCUCUCAAUGUCACUGUAAAGUCUUGAAAGUCCCCCUUUUCCUGGAAACAAACACUAGAUGGUAAGUAUUUUCACAAUCUCGAAAGUCCUCUAUUAUUUUCUGGAAACAAACACUAGACGGUAGGUCCUCUCACAGUCCCUGUAAUGUCUUAGAAGUCCUCUUUCUCCUGGGAACAAACACUAUAUGGUAGGUCCUCUCAAUGUCUCUGAAAAGCUAUGAAAGUCCUACUUUUUCUGGAAACAAACCCUAGCUAGUAGGUCCUCUCACAUCCCCUGUAAUGUCUUAGAAGUCCUCCUUCUCCUGGGAACAAACCCUAGCUAGUAGGUCAUUCCAUAGUCUCUGUUAAGUGUUGUCUAAUAUUAUAAUAUCUUACGUCAAAUUUAAUGUUCUGCAUAUAACCUAAAGAAGAAGUUUAUACUGACUACCAUUUUCCUUUCUAAA